AUGUCAUCACCUGCUAGUGACAUGAGCAACGUGACGCUCACUCUUCGUGCUUUGAAGCGAUCAAGAAGUGCUAACAUCGGUGUCAUUACCCGAUCGGAAAAUGCCGUCUCAGCAAUCUUCAACAAAGAGGCAUCUGCUCUAACCUACAAGGAAGUUGGAACUCUCAAGGCCAAUCUCACGAUGUGCGAACGAAAGAAAACGAAACUGGAAGAGCUUAAUCAGCAAAUUUCAAAUGUUCUAAACGAUGAUGAAGAUGCACUUGCAGUUGAAUUGGAAGAAGCUGAGAAAAUCUACCUUCACUUAGAUAGUUUGAUGGAAAUGAUCACAACUAUGUUAGAUGACCGAGGAAAUUUUUCAACUGAAUCGGUCAAAGAUGACGACAGCGCAAGCGGAACAGGAUCCUACGAAUACACUUCCCAACGUGGUGCUGGCCGAAACCAAGAUACUUGCCUGAAGUUGCCGAAACUGAAUUCGCCAACAUUUAGCGGAAGGUAUGAUCAAUGGCUACCUUUCUUAGAUUCCUUUGAUGGAGCAGUUCACUCAAAUGCAUCGCUGUCUGAUGUUCAGAAACUGCAAUACCUAAAGGGUGCCCUCAAGGAUGAACCGUUUCGUUUGCUAUCCCACUUGCCUACUACAAACGCGAACUACUCAGUCGCAAGGGAACUUCUAAAGGAUCGAUAUGCUGAUGUCAAGAUGAUCUCACACGCUCAAUUGGAAGCAAUUUUUGAAUUCACUCCAAUGAAGCAUGAGUCAUCCGCUGCAAUACGUCGCUUGAUUAAUACCUACACGGAAAACACGAUGGCACUGACAGGACUUGGACUAAAAAUUGAUCAAUGCGAUUUGAUCUGGGUUCACGUUUUGGCCAAGAAAUUAGAUCCUGAAACUAGAAGACAAUGGGAACUUUCCUGCGCGUGA